AACAUGAGCGGCAACAACUUGGAUGGGAACGACGAGUUUGACGAGCAGUUGCGAAUGCAAGAACUGUACGGCGAUGCCAAGGACGCUGACACCCAGAAGGAACCCGACGGACAGCCCGAUUCUUUCGGGCAGCAGCCGGCUGACACCCCGUACGAGUGGGACCUGGACAAGAAGGCUUGGUUCCCCAAGAUCACUGAAGAUUUCAUUGCUACGUAUCAGGCCAACUAUGGCUUUUCUAACGAUGGGGCGUCUAGCUCCACUGCAAAUGCACAAGAAGCCACUGCCAGGACUGCAGAAGAACCUCCUCAAAGAAAAACCCCUGAACCCAGUGAUCCCAAAAAGAGGGGAGAAAAGAGAAAGGCCGAAUCAGGAUGGUUUCAUGUUGAAGAAGACAGAAAUACAAAUGUAUAUGUGUCUGGUUUGCCUCCAGACAUUACAGUGGAUGAAUUUAUACAGCUCAUGUCCAAGUUUGGCAUUAUUAUGAGAGAUCCUCAAACAGAAGAAUUUAAGGUCAAGCUUUACAAAGAUAACCAAGGAAAUCUUAAAGGAGAUGGUCUUUGCUGUUAUUUGAAGAGGGAGUCCGUGGAUCUCGCAUUAAAACUUUUGGAUGAAGAUGAAAUUCGAGGCUACAAGCUACAUGUCGAAGUGGCAACGUUUCAGCUGAAGGGGGAAUAUGAUGCCUCAAAGAAGAAGAAGAAGUGCAAAGACUACAAGAAAAAGCUGUCUCUGCAGCAAAAGCAGCUGGACUGGAGACCCGAGAGAACAGCUGGCCCGUCCCGAAUGCGCCACGAACGAGUUGUCAUCAUCAAGAAUAUGUUCCAUCCAAUGGAUUUUGAGGACGAUCCACUGGUGCUGAACGAGAUCAGAGAAGACCUUCGAGUGGAGUGCGCAAAGUUCGGACAAAUUAGGAAGCUCCUUCUCUUUGAUAGACACCCAGAUGGUGUGGCCUCCGUGUCCUUCAGAGAUCCAGAGGAAGCUGAUUAUUGUAUUCAGACUCUCGAUGGAAGGUGGUUUGGCGGCCGUCAAAUCACUGCGCAAGCGUGGGAUGGGACUACAGAUUAUCAGGUGGAAGAGACCACAAGAGAAAGGGAGGAAAGGCUGAGAGGAUGGGAGGCUUUCCUCAAUGCUCCCGAGGCCAACCGAGGCCUUCGGCGUUCAAAUUCCAUCUGUGCUUCAGAAAGGGCAGGGCCUUCCAGAGUAAGGCAUUUUUCAGAGCACCCUAGCACGUCUAAGAUGAAUGCGCAAGAGGCCACCACUGAAAUGGCAUUUGAAGAGCCUCUAGAUGAGAAGAAGUUUGAAAAAACCGAAGAUGGGGGAGAAUUUGAAGGAGAUGCUUCUGAGAAAGGUGCCAAAGAAAGCGGCCCCGAAAAAGAGGCCGAAGGCUGCCCCCAGAAAGAAUCUGAAGAAAGCUGCCUCAAAACAGGGUCUGAGGAAGGCUGCAGUCCUGAAAAGGAGUUUGAAGAGGGUAGUCCCAAGACAGAGUCUAAAGAGAAUGGCCCCGAACGGGAAUCCAAAAAGAAGAGGGUCAAAAAUGAUUACGAAGAGAAUGGCCUUGAAAAGGAGUCCGAUCAAGAUGGCCCCAGCAAGGAGGGUGAGGAGGAGGAGAGCCUCCAAAAGGAGUCUGAAGAAGACGACUCCGAAGGGGAAUCCGAAGAAGACUGCUCUGAAAAGCAGUUUGAAGAUGGCUCCGAAAAAGAAUUUGAAGAGAAUGGCCUCGAGAAGGAUUUCGAAGAGGAUGGCUCCGACAAGGAAUUUGGUGAAAACAUUCUCGACAGGGAGUUCGAAGACAAUGACUCUGACAAAUCGGAAUUUGGAGAUAGCAGCUCUGAAAGAGUGUUCGACGAGGAAGUCUCUGAGAGAGAGUUUGACGAAGAGUCCGAUGAAAAGGAAGAAGGGGAAGACACCUAUGAGAAGGUCUUUGACGACGAGUCCGACGAAAAAGAGGACGAGGAAUAUGCCGACGAAAAGGGCCUCGAAGACGCCGACAAGAAGAUGUUUGAAGAUUCAGAUGACAAAGAAGACGAGGAGGGCGUAGAGGUAAAGGAAGACGAAGACGUGGAUGAAAAGAUGUUCGAAGAGGAUGAUUCCAACGGGAAACUCUUUGAAGAUGAAGAUUCCAACGAGAAGCUGUUCGACGAUUCUGACGAGAGAGGGACAGUGAGGGGCUUGGGGAACGCAAAGGAGGAGGGGCCCCUGUCCACAGGCAGCAGCUUUGUCCUCAGUAGCGACGACGACGUCGAAGACGACAUUUAA